AUGACUGACUUUCGAAUGCCCCUCCAUCAAGGGCCUCCUACUCGGAAGCCCCUCUCUGGUGCCCAGUAUGGUGGAUAUCAGUCCUACGAUUCUCCCCGACCUCAACUUGCGCCCCAUCUAGCGAGCCCGCAGACCACGCACAGUCGGACUCGAACCACAUCCUCCAACGUGUUGCCCUACUCAAGCGGCUCUCAGCCCUACCACGGCACUCCCUCACCUCCUAUGUCUCAAAUGGCUCUUCCUCACCAUCCACCAUCUCGCCGCAUGUCUAGCACCACUACCUCGACCUCGUCUACCAGCAACCACCCGGUACACACGGGAAACAGUGUUUCUGACAUCCGACGAACUGCUUCGGCUCGCUCUGCCAACUCUCAGCUUGGAUAUGUGGCCCUCAUGCGGCGGCAAAAAGCUACCGUAUGGUGUGACCGAGCACAACCUGAAGACGCUAGAUUGCGCGAACAAGCCCUGCGGGACAAGAAACGAGCAUACCUUGAAGUUCAUGGCUCAGGCGCUGGCCGGUCAGGAACCUUGGCUAGUGGCAAGAUUCGACAUGGUCCUAAGGGAGCUGCUGAAUUUUCACCCUCAAACCUAGUGGGCGCCAAAGUCCCCGUGCGACUCAGCGCGAACGAGGUCGGUGAUGGGGACGAUGACACUCUCAGCAGCGAGGGUGGCGCAAUUCACAGACGGACCGGUAGCGGCCGCAGCUCUCUGGGAAGUGCCCACCGCUACCCAAGUGGAUACUCGCGGACACCGGGAACAAUGGGCAGCAACAGCACGCCUCCGAACGAAAGGACGGACCUUCCAGAAGUAUCCGAAAAUACACCGGCGGAGAUUCACGAGGAAGAAAAGAGCCGACUGUCAUACCUCCACAAAGACGAUGCCGCCACAACACACAGCAGCGAACAAGAGCAAGAAGACUUUGUUGGCGACAUGUUGGGUCCGAAUGCCGGCACUGCGGCAGCCGAUAAAGCUCUCAAAGCAUCCGAGUUACGACGACGAGGCAGUGUAGACGAGCGAACUACUUCCAUGACCAAUGUGCGACUUUUCGUCGCAAACCCCGAUUCAGACAGCGACUGA